AUGGCGAUGGCCAAUAAAUUUCAAGAAAAAUAUGGAGAUAUCUGGGAAGUUUGGAAGUGGUCCGAAAGGCAUGUAUGGAUAGGUCGUGCGGACUUGGUUACGAAACUACUUAAUCCAUCUUAUUCAAACAAUAACUUUCCCUCUCGUACAACUGAAAAUGAAGGCCUUGAUUUAAUGGAUAUGACAUCGAAAGGGGUGGUGUUUAAUCUUGAUUGGAACAGUUGGAAGUUUAACCGAAAAUGCAUAAAUCGAAUUUUGAUGUCACCAAAAUAUCUAAGGAAAUCAGUAGUGUGCACUCAAAAUCUUUUCACAGAAAUGGAAAAGUGUUGGUUAUCCCUUGGACUUGAUAACGAAAUAGAUCUUGCACAAUGGAUGAUACGAUUUAUGAUAGAUUCUACUCUUAUCAUGACGACAAAUAAGAAUUUUCACGCUAUGGCUAACUAUUAUGAUACAUUAUCUACUUCGGAAUGUUUGAAUCAUCCUUUGAAAGAUUCUGAGAGGUUUGUUGAAGCUAUUAGAACACAUUUUAUGGCAUGUGUAUUCUUUAAAGAUACACCAAAAUACAAGCGAAGAUUCUUUCCAAAUGUAAGAUGUCAAGCCAAAAAAUUACUUGAAGAGGUUACUUGGUUAAACGGAGAGGCUCUUAAGAUUAUUAGAGAGAGAAAACAGGAAAUCGAUAGAACUUCAUUGGAAGAUGAAUU